AUGACUUCUACUGGUGGUAAGAGAGAUCCAACGACUCAUAUGACGGAGGUCAAUGUCGGGACCAGGGACAAAGCAGAGACUCUUGACGUUUCGAAUCUAAGACUCAGUGACAAUUAUCCAGAAGCAGGGUCGACGGGUAAAUCGCCACGCUUAACAUUCGGCGUGGAAUUUGAGAUGGCUAUUUGUACUCUCAGAAAUACGUGCCCAAACCCAGCACCAGAAGAUAGCCGGAGGGUCUACGACGUUGCUAGUGCCCUCAACUUUUCACCAUUGAAAUUUGAUCCUGUACUAGCACAAUUUUGCGAAGGCACCUCUACGAAUAUGCCACCUGCGGAAAUCUCAUAUGGAGAUAAAGGACUAAUUUCUGUAUGGGAAAAUAUUGUUCACACGCUAAAAUGUGCUGGAUUCCGUGCUGCACAUGUGGAAGCUCCGGGAUGUCGAGAGCGUGGAUAUACGCCUUGGAUGGCCGACAAGUGGAUGGUUGGAACGGACUUUAGUAUAAGCUGUCCAGAUGACACGAUCUAUGACUAUCAUAAGAUCGAACUUAAAUCUCCCGUCUAUUAUUUCAGCAAAGAGGCGCUUGAAGCAGUUGAAGAGGUAUGGAACAUCAUCCAAAAUACUUAUAAAGUCGUCAUCAACGACUCGAUGGGACUACAUGUUCAUGUCGGCAACGGGGUUGAUGCUUUCGAUGCCCCAACUUUAAGAAACCUGUGGGGUAUUCUCUGGACCACAGAGAAAUGGAUUGAGAAAAUCCAUCCUCCUCAUCGCAUACACAAUGCAGCCUGUCUGAGCCUUCAUUACUGCUCCAAAUUAUGGUUGGAGAUCGAACCACUGUCAUCUGAUCCGGAGGACGAGAUACUAGAUUGUAUCUUGAAAAGAGCACCUUCAAGGGUAGAGGCAUUCCUCGACACCAUGAAGGAUGCCGACUGUGCCUACAACUUCACCAAGUUAAAAAAAAGAUACUAUGAAGAAAGUAUCAUGCGCACCAUCGAGUUUCGCCAGCAUGAAGCAACAACUGAUAAGGAGCGAGUGACACAAUGGAUUCGAACAUGUGUCGGACUAGUACAAGCAUCUGCAGCUAGAGACCCCGCCAUACUCCAUCCAUACCUAAGACAAUUGAUUCAGAGAAAGAGAGAAGAACUUCACGUGGGGGAUAUUUUGGAAAAGCUUGGGCUUGAAACUGGGGCUUACUACAGAACUCAAAUACCAAGUGAAAAAGUGCCCGGCAAAAGUGCCCUCAAGAAGCUGUUGAAGAAGGCUACAACUUUUCCUCGAGGAUGA